GUUCCACAGAGUUAGGCGGGGCGCUGUCACACCUAUAGGCGCGGCACCUCCCUCAGAAAGGCCGUGAGCUUUUCCGGUUGUGUGUUCCGUAUGGAUGUGUCUGUGUGCGCUGAGAUAGGCAUUAGCAUAAGUUCUGCCCCGACUUCUCAGACUCUGGAUAAAUGCAAAGUUAAAAGAGAAUGGAACCCCCUCCAGCAAAGAGAACUUUAUUGGUGUGUGAACAGAAUCAGCCAAGUGCUAGGGAACCCCGCUCUAGACCUUUAGACUCUUUCUUCAUUGACAGUAAAUUUCCUUGGGAGGAAGAGCUGCAUGUAGGAUGUGUUGAGUGGAGGAGACCACAGGAGAUCUGUGCUGAGCCAAAGUUUAUUUUAGAUGGAGCAACAAGAAUGGAUGUCUGCCAGGGGAAGCUGAGUAAUUGCUGGUUUCUGUCAGCUGUUGCUUGUCUGUCUCUGUACCCCCAACUUCUGGAGAAGGUAGUCCUCCCUGGGCAGGACUUUGUAGGUGAUUAUGAUGGAAAGUUCAGAUUUCAGUUUUGGCAGUAUGGGCAAUGGGUCUUGAUUGAGGUAGAUGACCGACUACCCACUGUUCAUAUCCAAAGAAAUGAAGAGCCUGCACAUAGGAGAGAGGAAUAUGAAUUAUUGUUCAUGCACUCUUGGGAAAAAGAUGAGUUCUGGAGUUCUCUUCUGGAGAAAGCAUAUGCCAAGCUGAAAGGUGGAUAUUCUGCUCUUCAGUUGGGAUUUGCAGGAGAAGCUUUAGUAGAUAUGACAGGUGGAGUGGCACAGACAUGUUACACAAAUGGUCCCCUAGACGUUUUAUGGGUCAAUCUAAACCAUCUUCUACAGCGUGGAGCUCUUAUUUGUUGUGGAAACACAGGGGGUGAACUGGAGACAGCUAACUCCCUGGGGAUUCUAAGUCAACACAUGUACUCGGUGACUGGGACUAAACAGGUUCAAGUAUUACGGGGUUCUGUCUCUUUGAUUAGAGUUCGAAAUCCAUGGGGACACACAGAGUGGUCUGGGCCUUGGAGAGAUGGGGGCUCAGAGUGGCUGUCUGUAAUAGACCGCAAAGAAAUAGAGGUUGAAAACCUGGAAGAUGGGGAGUUUUGGAUGGAAGUGGAAGAUUUCCAAAAGAAUUUUCAGGUCAUGGAAAUUUGUCACUUAAGCCCUGAAAGUCUAUCAGAAAUUGGAGGUGCUGCCAGACCUUGGGAGUAUGUGACUUAUGAGGGGUGCUGGUCAAAAGACAUUUCCAGUGGUGGAAGCAUUGAAUACAAAGAUCAUUUCUGGAUGAAUCCCCAGUACUCACUGAAUCUUGUCACAGGGGAUAUUAACCCCAACAUUACAUGUAGCAUUAUUGUGUCUGUGAUGUUGAAGCACAAACGCCUAAAGGCUAAGGACAUGCGAGUAAUGUGUUAUAUAUUUCAGGGUAAUGAAAACCAUGUCUAUCUCUCCCAGGAGAUACUCCAGCAAUCCCAGCCCAUGCUGAGUGUUAGCUCAUGUGAUAAACACCGGGAGGCAGUUCUCUCCUCAAACCUGCCACCAGGGAGAUAUGUUAUUAUCCCAUCAUUAGAAAGAACAAGUGAUGAGGGCGAGUUCCUGAUCAGAAUUCUAACUGAAAAGGGCAGCUGUGCUAGACCCAUGGACAGCAAGGCAGCAUGUGGUGAAUUGGCGGCACAGAAUGCGAGUCCUACAGAUGAGCAGUGUAAAAGCAGGUUCUUAUUAUUUGCAGACCAGGACAGAAGAAUAACCGAUGAAGGGCUCCACCAUCUUUUAACUUCCAUGAUGAAGGAUUUUGAUCCUCUUUUACCAGGAUUUACAAUGGAGUCCUCCCGCUGCUUACUAGCCUCGCUGGAUACCAGCGCUGAAGGAUCCUUGUGCUGGGAGCAGUUUGACAAACUUUGGAAGAAUAUCAUCACUGGAAGUUUUAUAUUCUCUAAUUUGCAAAGAGACAAAGACAGAAACCUUGACAAGGAUCAAAUUGGACCAGCUCUACAGUCUGCAGGCCUCAUAACAGAUGAUUUUCUAGUGAGACUGGUCCAGCUGAGAUAUGCAGAUAAGGAUGGAUCACUAAGUUACUCUGCAUUCAUCUGCUGCCUCCUGAAAAUAAAAGCUGUAACAGGAAUGUUUCAGGCUGCAGACUCUACUCACUCUGGCACUGUAUCACUAAAUUAUCAUCAGUGGCUGCAGUUAGCUGUGUACAGUUGACCUUGUAAUCAAGCAGAGCCUUAUGCACCCAGACUAGAAGGAGAGAGAGCGAGGAAAGAACUUCAUGUUAACAUGGACUUUAAGAGGACUGUUCUAUCUCACAGUCAGAUGGCAAAUUGCACAUGGAUUUUUUUUCCUUCCAUUAUGUGAGGAAUGUCGUUAAUUAAUGGUCCAGUUAAAGAAAUGCUGCAAAAGCACUUCAUCAGUACCUCAGAGUUAAAUGUUUACAGAAAUGUGCUUUGCUGUGAAAUUAGUUGAAUCACCAUGAACAUAAUGGUUAGCACAACCUUUCUCUAUGACAGAGGUCCCCAACCUUUUUUACUCGUGAGCCACAUUUAAAUGUAAAAAAAAGAGUUGGAGAGCAACACAAACAUAAAAAACUUCAUGGGAAUGUCAAAUAAGAGCUGUGAUUGGCUGUUUGGUAGCCCCUUCAUGGACUGGCAGCCUACAGGAGACUCUGUUUGGCAGUACACCUGGUUUUUAUGCAACCAAAACUUGCCUCCAAGCCUGGAGUUCAAAAAUUAGCACUUGCUUUGAGGCCACUGGGAGCAACAUUCAAGUGGUUAGUGAGCAACAUGUUGCUCGCAAGCUACUGGUUGGGGAACACUGCUCUAUGAGGUGGAAAUGUAGCUUAUUAGGGAACUGCAUUAUAUUGACACAAGUUGGAACCUGUGAACAUGCCACAAUUAACUGAAAUUAAUUUAUACAUGAUUUUUUGUGAACAUUUUACUUAAUCUAUCCUAAAAUAUCUCAGAAUCCGCAAUAAAAUUAUAGAUUCUUAUACUAACACAGGUUACAGUUGAGUUGCAUGUUCUGCUUUUAACGCCCCGAUCCUUGCAGAAUAUAGAAAUUUUGAUAAAAACAAGGAUGUCCCAGAAAACUAGCAGACCUCCUGGGCCACAUUCAUCAACAUGGGGCUCUGGCUGGAUUUGACACAAUCCUAUUACAAGAUUUGCUAACUGCUCCCUUAUGUUUAAAGUCACACAGACUAUGAAGUCACCUCCAGAAAGCAUCCAAGAGAUAUAAAGGCCAGAGGCGUGAGAGCAGGGGCAGAGCCACACUAGGUACUAGGGGCAGCAAAAUACCGCUCCUGGUAAUUUAAGAGCCAAACUUCUGGUUUCAAACUGGAAAUCCGGCUCUUCUAGCGCAGAGAGCGCAGUUAGGCUCUCUCAGCUAGCAUACUGGCCCUCUCUGCCGCCCCCUGGACCCCCUCAAGUGCAAAAAGGUAAGUGCACGGCGGAGGGGCCAGGUUAUGGUAAUUCUCCAUCUUGCUAUUGCAUUAGGUUAGGUGGGACUGUGUAAAUUUAGAUUUUUGCCUAGUUGGUAGGUAAUGUAACGUGACAGGCCUUGCUAAAUGGGCUUGGUUUUCCCUGAUAGGGUAGGGCAAAUGAAAGGUAUAAAAUUACCUCAUCAGAGUUUAUAGCCCUCUUACAAAACACUUUAGAGCAGACUUUGUGGAGUCUGUCACAUGGGCCAAGACAUCAUUCUCCUUGGAGAAUAAAAACUGCCCUCAAGAGUUUAUAAUCAGUAUGAUUUACUGGCUAAGUACUUCUAAAAUUGACAUUGGUUUACGAUUCAAUCCAGCUUUCCUGUUGUACAGAUAUAGGAUCUACUAUCUGGAAUCCUUGAGAACUGGGGUUUUCCAGAUAAGGGAUCUUUCCAUUAUUUUGGUAUCUGCUAAAAAUGUAAACUUUAAAUAACCCAGUUGGAUAGAUUUGGCACGAAUAUGGAUUUAUACAGCUUAGUUAGGAUCAAGCAGAAGGUACUGUUUUAUUAUUACAGAGAAAAAUAAAUUGGAAUUGUUCUCUUAAAA